AUGACGAAGUUUCGAACACGCUCCGAUAUUGUACACAAGGAAUUGGUGUUUCUUAGUAAAAGAAAUCAGUAUGAUGGUAUGAUGGGACCAGUGAAAGAGAACGAGUUUCUUCUUGUUCCACUACUACAUAAUGUUUCUCCUUUGAACCCAUUUGAUAAUUCAACCGAAAGCUCAGCUGGAUCGAGUUAUGUUUGGUCUACACCAAGAGGUGGCAUGUUCCAACCGAGUGGUGUUAAGUUUGGUCCGAGUACUUUUGAGAUGGUAAGAAGAACAUCUAAACCUACAUCACAGUUAGAAGCUAGACGUAAUGCUUCACCAUUGGAACCACUGUUUUUCUCUUAUCUUCAUGGAUCUGUGUUUUUCUUUUAUGUUUUAAUAACAGUUCCAUGGAAAGAGUUCCGAGAUACAUUACAUGAUACACAUCCUAUAGGUUCACCAUUAGAAGCCAUGGCAUUAAAAACCACGUUAGAUUUAACUUGUAAUGACCAUAUUUCUGUGUUCGAGUUUGAUGUUUUCACAAGGUUAUUUCAACCAUGGAAUAAUUUAUUAAGAAAUUGGAAUGUUCUAGCAGUCACUCACCCUGGUUACGUGGCUUUCCUUACGUAUGAUGAAGUCAAAGCCAGAUUACAAAAAUAUAUGACCAAACCUGGAAGUUAUGUAUUUAGAUUAAGUUGUACUAGACUAGGACAGUGGGCUAUAGGUUAUGUGACUGCAGAGGGUCAGAUCCUACAGACUAUACCACAAAAUAAGUCUUUAUGUCAGGCAUUAUUAGAUGGACAGAGAGAAGGAUUGAGUUGGAUAUGA